ACACUUUGAUCUAAAAAAAAACGAUAAAUAAAUUGCACACGUCAACUGAAGCAUCAAAGCCAUAAUGAGACACUUUUUAUUGCGACCGUAAACUUGAACGAAAGCGAUAUUCGUCUAACUGUUCGUGACCUUACCAAUUAGAGUCUUCAUUCGCCAAGAAAGUUGUAUAUAAAGCGCAACAUCGAAAUUGUUUCAUUUUUCAAUCAAUCGUUAUCAAUCCAAGAAAAAGUACAAGUCCGCACGCUUGGUGGUUUGAAGAGUGAAAUUUUUCAAUUUCUAAAUAUUAUUUCAAAAUGACAAACUUAGAAACAAAAUUAAUUGUGGUGAUAGUGUUCGUCGUAGCGGUUGUAAGUGCAGGCACAUCAAACGACACAGAGGAAGUAAAUGCAACAAUUGAGAAAACAAAUGAUUCAGCUGCUCUGACUGACAUUGGAACGAGUAGAAUAAAACACCACUACCUACCACUUUAUGGUGGAACAGCUCUUCUUGGACUCGGUGGACUUCAUGCUCUGGCCGUUUUGUAUGCGAUAAAAAUUAAAGUCAUAGUCGUUGGCAUUAUUAUAGCCCUGUCCAUUUACUAUUAUUCGAAAAUCUAUUUGAAAGGUUGCCAUUACAAAGAAAUUAUCCGUGACACGAAUCCAUACGAGAGUUUUACAAACUAUGGUCCCAGUGGAUAUUCGAAUUCAUUACCAGCAGGUAUUGGCUAUCCCGGCACAGAUCGUUUCAAUUCACUUUCGAUAGCUUCAAUCGAUCAUGAUCAUCAUCAUGAACAUAUGAGCCCCAGUCAUGAAUCGAUUCCUAGCUCUGUGGAAUCGGAUAUAAAGUCAUCGUCACCAGCAUCAACACCAAUAACAGCUGAACCGGAAGUGGCGCGCCGAAUUUACAAUCAGAUGCGACAAUUUACGAGUCCACUAUUCAAUAACAUUGACUGGUCGGAUAUGGCAUUUCAAUUACUGGGACUCGAUUCCGACGAUUGCCGACGACGCUUCACAUGUGAACUGGAUUUUAGAGUGAAACAAAUUCCAUUCUCGAGUUACAUGUUCGAGGCAGACGGUCCAGCAUUCCUUGACAAAUAUCGCGAAACUGAAAAUGAUGUGAACAAGGCCACAACGUUUUCAGACUGUGCAUUGUUUUAUGGAGAGUGUAAAUAUUGAGGAAAUGACCCCUGGGCAGUGAUCUCAUUUUGUUUAAUAAAAAUAAAUUUCUCUCGUAAAAUUGGUUCAGCGUUUCUUUGCUAUUAUCU